AUUGUGCCUUACUAUGUGCAGGUCAUGACGGCUGGGCAAAGAGUAUCAUUUGAGUUUCAGGGGAUCAACUACAUUUUUACUGUCAAUCAAGCUGCAGUAGAGGGACAAGAAAAGUCUAAUAAUGGUAUUGAAAGAGGGAUGAUUGUGAAUGAUACAUAUUUCAUCUUUGAAACAUCAAAUGCAAGUGGAAUAAAGAUUGUAAAUCAGCGUGAAGCUGCAAGUAGCAACAUUUUCAGGCACAAGGAGUUUAAUCUUCAAACGCUUGGAAUUGGUGGCUUAGGUGCUGAGUUUGCAGAUAUAUUUCGAAGAGCUUUUGCAUCCCGUGUAUUCCCUCCUCAUGUGACAAAUAAAUUAGGGAUUAAGCAUGUAAAGGGUAUGCUGUUAUAUGGGCCACCUGGUACUGGAAAAACUCUCAUGGCUCGUCAAAUUGGAAAGAUGUUGAAUGGGAAAGAACCAAAGAUUGUUAAUGGCCCUGAAGUUUUGAGCAAGUUCGUUGGUGAAACUGAGAAGAAUGUUAGGGAUCUAUUUGCUGAUGCUGAGAAUGAUCAAAGGGCUCGCGGAGAUCAGAGUGACUUGCAUGUGAUAAUCUUUGAUGAAAUUGAUGCUAUUUGUAAGUCAAGAGGAUCAACUCGAGAUGGUACUGGGGUUCAUGACAGUAUUGUGAACCAGUUACUCACGAAGAUUGAUGGUGUGGAGUCUCUUAAUAAUGUUUUGCUUAUUGGGAUGACAAACAGAAAGGAUUUGCUUGAUGAAGCUCUUUUGAGGCCAGGACGUCUGGAAGUUCAAAUUGAGAUAAGCCUUCCUGAUGAAAAUGGUCGUCUACAGAUUCUUCAAAUUCAUACAAACAAGAUGAAGGAGAGCUCUUUUCUUGCUCCAGAUGUGAACCUUCAAGAGCUUGCGGCUCGCACGAAAAACUACAGUGGUGCAGAACUUGAAGGUGUUGUUAAAAGUGCAGUGUCAUUUGCUCUGAAUAGACAACUAAGUUUGGAUGAUCUUACCAAGCCAGUGGAUGAAGAGAGCAUUAAGGUUACUAUGGACGAUUUUCUACAUGCACUCCAAGAAAUUGUACCUGCAUUUGGAGCCUCCACUGAUGACCUUCAAAGAUGCAGACUUAAUGGAAUGGUGGAUUGUGGUGAUCGUCAUAAGCACAUAUAUCAAAGAGCUAUAUUAUUAGUGGAGCAAGUCAAAUUGAGCAAAGGAAGCCCACUUGUUACAUGCCUUUUGGAAGGCCCUAGUGGCAGUGGUAAAUCUGCACUAGCAGCUACCGUUGGCAUUGACAGUGAUUUUCCUUAUGUCAAGAUUGUUUCGGCUGAGACAAUGAUUGGUCUUCAUGAGAGCACCAAAUGCGCACAAAUUGUGAAGGUUUUUGAGGAUGCAUACAAAUCACCGUUGAGCAUCAUUAUCCUUGAUGAUAUUGAAAGGUUACUGGAGUAUGUUGCUAUUGGUCCAAGGUUUUCCAAUUUGAUAUCUCAAACACUGUUGGUCCUACUUAAGCGUCUCCCUCCAAAGGGGAAAAAACUUCUGGUCAUUGGAACAACAAGUGAAUUGGGCUUCUUAGAUUCAAUCGGUUUUUGUGAUACCUUCUCUGUCACUUACAAUGUUCCCACACUAAAGACGUUGGAUGCAAAGAAGGUGCUGUCACAAUUGAAUGUUUUUGCUGAUGAAGACAUCGAUGCGGCUGCAGAGGCCCUGAACGAUAUGCCCAUCAAGAAGCUCUACAUGUUAAUUGAGAUGGCAGCUCAGGGCGACCAAGGAGGAUCUGCCGAGGCAAUCUACUCCGGAGAAGAGAAGAUAAACAUCACUCACUUUUACGAUUGCCUUCAGGACAUUGUUCGAUAUUAGUUUAUAUGGCACUGUUCUUCUAGGAUAUGAAAACCACAGAAUUCUUAUCCUUCGAUAGUUCGGUUAAUUAUUCACUCUUAUGUUUUAGAUACUCCCUCCCACUUUUCGUUUUUGUUUUUGUUUCGGGUUUUGUUCUUGAGGAAAGGAGAGAUGAUUUUUUUUGCAGGCUGGUGCUUUCCCCUGUUGGGAUCAAUCCUUGGUUGUUUUGAGUUGUACCUUGGGUGUAGUAUUGUAUAGAUUGGAACAUGGAGGGAUGUUACAGUCCCAUGAUUAUUAUUUCGGAUGCCAUCAUGGCGGUGGACCUGUUUCGUGUAAGUUACUCUCUCAUUCUAGUUGUACUGUUUGUUUUAUGGGGCGAAGAUGCUGCCUGGUAAAUGUCACUGCUAUAAAAUGAA